AUGGAUCGCAACGACGACGCGUUCAUCUCGCCCAAGAAGGGCACCCUUCCGCUUCGUACCCUCGACAUGAACCUGCAAUCUCAAGCGGCAAUGACCCCUCCUUCCAACUUUGGCUCGCACGCCUACCACAAUAAAUCGCCUUUCGCGUCCUAUCAGUUCCCAGCCGCACCUGCAACACAACAUCGACCCCAGACGCUAUCUAUACCGCGCUCUCACGCCUUCUCCUCUCUGGCACCACUUUCCAAGCUCUCGCCUAACCAGGAAUGCUCGAACAUGGACAUGGAAGCCGAGGAGGAGGCCGACCAACACAUCAUCUACAACAACAUCAAGAGGACCGUCCCUCUGCAGCAUCUGCCUUCAUUUGGACAGUCGCAGGAGACAGCAGUCAAUGCAGGUGCCCUUUGGCACCACCGCGGCAUCAGCAAUGGCUCGGGUUCUGACGCAAGCUCUGCCUCCGCCAACGCUGGUUUCGAGCUCAACGCUGUCGCCGGUCCUUCGUCUCAACCUAUGCUGCGUGCGGGCUCACGCGAAGACGCCGACAGUGCGAACGUGUGGCCGCGUCCUCGCACCCUAUUUGGCUCGUCCGACUCACACCGCCGACUCGAUGAUACCGAGAUGGACGUCGAUUCCGACGAGGAGGGCGCCUACGCUCAACCGCCUGCUUCGCCUUCGCCCCUCUGCGAUCAGCAGGAUCUCUUGGAGCCCAGCUCAGCUUUCAAUCUGGAUCUCAACGAGCCCAUGCUGCAGCCAGGCACGCGACCAACACACCGACUCAGUCGUAAACCCUCCUCUUCUGCCAGCACUCACACCCUCGCCAGCUUGUCGGCUCAGAUCACUGCAAGUGCAUCUCAUCGCUCUCGUCCAGCACGCUCACGACUGCCAUCCUCAAACAGCCCGCUUUUGUCCGCACACCCUUCGCAGCAACUCAUCACUCCCGCUCGACAACGGUCCACCACGAGCGGAGGCAUGGAUGUCGACGAGGCUGUACACACCACUUCCAAGACAGACGACUUGCACGAGCUACCUUCCACUCAACCACGCAUGCCGUAUCGCGCUCGAGCCUCCUCUUCUGCCGCGCUGCAUCGACCUCUUACUGAAUUCCUCACUCCUCGCAGUGCCAGUGCUUCGGCCGGCCUCAGUGACAAGCUGCCUGGUGUUGCCAAUCUCUUCGAAUUUGCUACUCAGCCUCGUCCCAUCAUUCGAUCCGACAGAGAUACCGAGACAACACCUCUGCGUGACACCAGGAGAAGGCCAGCCAACCUGUCCAUGAGCUCCUUCCCCACCGCCAAGCUAUUCGAAGACGAGAUCGAAGCCGCCGCCAAAUCUUCGGGCGGGGUCGAAGCAGCUGCGCCUCUCAACCUUGUCUCGACUCCCGCUCGACGAAAGAGUGCAUCUGCUCGCGGAUCAACCAGCGCUCUGCCGACUUAUCUCGAGACGCCGCAGUUUGCCACGCCACACCGACUCUUCGGCUCCUUCCAGGCCAACACUCCAGCUGAUGAUAGUGGAGUUGCGUUCGCUGACGGCGACAGCAGCGUCAAGAGCAGCAGAAAGAGGAAUGGCUCGCUUCUGGCCUCGACAGCAAGCAAGGACUCGCCCAUGCCCGCGCCGCCCAUCACCGCGGAUGUGCUCGAAGAGUCGCCCUCCCAGGAUGCGGCCCGACGACACGAGACCAGCUUCCAUCGCGACUCGCCCGCUCCACGUCCUUCCAAUCGAAUCGUGGCACAUGCCUUCGGCCCCAAGGAGCGAUCGUCGCUAAUGCACGAGACACGCUUCUCGAGCGAGACCAACUCCGCCAACUCGUCACCGGAUCCGAUCCCUCGCGUGCGAUCAAGGACCAGCACGAGCGCCGCCAGCCCUGCCAGACGAGCACACGAUCGCAGAGGACCCACCUCCGGAUCCAUGGACGCCACUGGCCAUUACUUCACGCCGCAGAACUUCAAGAGCGUCAAGCCGCUGCAGGCUGCCUUCAUGUCGACUGGACUCGUCUCGAAACGCAAUCGAGCUCGCGAGAAUUCGGAGGGUGCUGAUGGGGCUAGCGACGCCUUUGUUAUGCCGCUCAAAGCUCCCAACUUCGGGCAGGCGCUUGGUCUGCGCCAGGUGGUGGAAGCAGCAACCGCCCACGCAUCUGCGGCCGCAGAUCGCAGCACAAGCAGCACCAUGCCCGACACGCCUGUCAAGAAAGCCACCUCCACCCCUUUAGUGCCGUUCCCCAAGUUUGCUCCCGCGCUUCGGGGUCAAGCCGAAGCCAACACGUCUGGUGUUGGUCCGUCUCCGCUGGGUGCCCAAUCGCCUGCUCACGAUCCACACGUAAGCAUCAUCAGCUCAGGCUCGCCCAUCCUGCCAGACGGAGGCGACAGUCCCACGCCCGCUUUCAACAAUCUCAGCCUUCCCAACGCCAGCACGCCCGUCUCGAUCUCUGGCCGACACGGCUCCGCCUUCGGCAAUCUCCCUCGCAGCCGUCGCUCCGCCAUGAACGAGGCCAGCCAAGCUUCGGUCUUCGGCACCAGUGUCGACGAUGUCACAGAGGACGAAGGCAGUCUUUCUGACGUGACACACAGCCCCAGUGUCCAUUCGGGCCGCAUCAGGGAUGUGCAGAGACUUCAGAAAGGCAAACGAGCCAUCCACACACCUGGUUCCAGCGCCGCGCCCGCUCCGGCUCGAAAGAUGCUCUCGGUCGACAUUGGUAAGGCUGCCGGUGCACCCAAAGCGCUGCGUGUGCGAUCGGCAGGUCUGGGCAAACGCACCAUGAGCCGCAACGCCAGCUUCGCCCGGGAUGCAAGAAGCGGCACCGAGUCGAGUGGCGACGGCAGCAACGAUGCGCUGCCGCCUGCAACGCCUGUCACCUCGACGAUGCUGCUGCCCGGCGAUGACCAGAUGGAGCCAAUGACGCCGACACGCAGCCUGAAGUGGUUCGAGGCAGCGCAGGUCUUGACGACUCCCUCCCCCUCGUCGCGACGACAGGCUGCUCAGAAGCUGCGCGCUCAUCGCCUCGAGCUCAUGCAGUCACGCCGCAAGUCACGCCUGUCCGAGACAUCGACCUGCCAGGAGACGCCGCAAAAGGCACCAGCUGGCGCUUCCUCUCUAGGCCUCUACGAGUCAACGUCGGACGUGCGCGCUAGAGGCCUCGAGCACGGACAUCUGGACACGGCCUUCUCGGUCGAGGAGACCAUCGGCGCAGGUGAGUUCAGCGAGGUGCUCAAAGCUGUCUCGCGCUCGACUGGAUACGCGUACGCCGUCAAGCGCAUGAAGAGGGCCUACCUCGGACCCAGGGAUCGUCUGCGAAGGCUGGAAGAGGUCGACGUCCUGCGUGCCCUGUCUACACCGGGCAAGCCUCACCCCAACAUUGUCUCGCUGUUCGGCGCCUGGGAAGAGGAAGGACAUCUGUUCCUGCAGCUCGAGCUGUGUCCGCUCGGUUCGCUCGCAUUCUUCCUCGAAGAGUACGGUCAGCAAGUGGGCGCGCUGGACGAGCCGCGUCUGUGGAAGAUCCUGGCGGAGCUGUCGAGUGGUGUUGCGUAUAUCCACGGUCACAACAUCCUCCAUCUGGAUCUCAAGCCGGCCAAUGUGCUGAUCACGGAGCACGGCACGCUCAAGAUUGGCGACUUUGGCAUGGCGACACGCUGGCCGCUGGUGGAUGCUGAGACGACACUGAAGGGCGCCGGCUUGGACGAGGAGCCUCACCGAUACACUUUGGAGCACAUGGCCGAGCCCUGGCCUUCGCAGCGCGGACUCGAGAGGGAGGGCGACCGCGUCUACCUCGCACCCGAAGUCAUCUUUCACGGCCAGUACGGCAAAGCAGCGGAUGUCUUCAGCCUGGGCCUCAUCCUGCUGGAGGCGGCGGGCAACGUCGAGCUUCCGGACAACGGCGAGCCGUGGCAGAAGCUGCGUCGGGACGAUUUGUCCGACGUCGACCUCACCGCCAUCAGCGGGCCAAUGCUGCGUGUGUUGGAGCGACUGCUGUGCUCUGAUGCGGAGCAACGUGCUACCAUCGACGAGAUUGUGGGGCUGCCGACGCUAACGUGCGUGCGCUCGAUCAUGUCUCGAGGACUGUCAGCGUCCGAGAUGGACCAGCUGCCCGAGUUCACAGAGUCGUCAUCAGUGUCUGGCUCGUUGGCGAUGCUGGCGGACAGCUCGUCGCAACACUCGAUUGCGAGUGAGCUAUCAAGCCGUACGCUGGGCCUCAGCGAUUCGGAAGCUGGCAGCAGUGCAGCGGAAUUGUCCGAGACGGACUCGACGAUGGGCAUCAGCGGACUUUCUAGCUCGAUGUCGGGUCAUACCUCGAUCUCGACCUCGAUGAGUUCGUUUUCGAGCCACGCCGUGAUCCGCGUUCGCGGCGCACUGAUUCAGGAGCCGGAGGAGGAGUUUAUGCGCGAAGUUAUGGGCGCAGAUACAGUGGAGCAGCGCUUCUUCGGGAAGGGAGAUGUAGGUGCGACGAGGUGGGUCGGGGAGAGACACGGGAUGGAGGAGAGCACGGCGACGUUGGGCAGCAGACGCUUCUCGAUGGAGCUCGAUGUGUGA